AUGCAGUUUCAAACGAUCCUCUGCCUUCUCGCGGCCACCGCCACCCCCAUGCUCGCCACCCCUCUCUCCCUCGAAUACAACUCCCUUCAACCCCGCAGCAUCCAAUCCGAAAGCUGCCAGCACAUGGGCGUCGCCAUCGACGCGGUCAUGGACCGACUCGACGACGACGACUGCGACGCCAAGUGCAAGACGGAAUCCAACAAGGCGCUCGAGGCCUUGAUGUCAGUGCAGAAAGAGUUCCCCUGCGCGUCAUAA